UGUUUACCUUCCACUUUUUUUCUUUGCUUGCUGUCAAAGUGUAAAGAGCCAAACAUUGGUCAGAAAGAUGUCAAAGUUGUGGAACCACCAGAUAAAAAUGCAGCAGCGGCCGCAAAAAGGACUAAGAAGAAAGUAGUUGCAGCGGUGGAGGUCAAAGAAAUGACAGAGCCAGCAGCUUGUAAAGAGGACAAGCUUCCGGAGCCAGCUGCCCUGAAGAAAGUUCAGAAAGAGUGGACUUGUGCUCUAUGCCAGGUGACAACCGCAUGUGAGGCAAACUUGAACAGCCAUCUUCAAGGGCAGAAACAUAGGGCAACGUUGGAUGAGCUCAAAGCUAGUAAGCAGGCAGCCAAAAACACGGGUUCUUCAUGUUUGACACCAAACAAAUCAGAUCAAGCCAAAAAGGAGUCAAUCAAGUGUGUAUCUAGGGAUAAGCCAAGCAAAUAUAAGACUGCAGAACAAGAGUUAAAAAUGCCGGUGAAUAGCAGCAACAGUGAGCAAUUUAAGCAGAGAAGUACUAAUACUAGUAAUGCUGGGACGAAGCUGUCUAAACGGUGGUGCAGUAUCUGUGAUGUAAGGUUCCCCGGAGAGAUUGACAUGGCCGCUCACCUCAAUGGAAGUAAGCACUUGUCUCGGAUUAAAGAGAUGUUAGAUCUUUGUGGUGGCGAAAAAGGGUGGGAGUGUGGUAUCUGUAAUGUAAGGUGUUCCGCAGAGAGUGUCAUGGUUGGUCAUAUUAAUGGAAAGAAGCACUUUUCCCGGGUUGAACAGAUGCUCAAUCCUGUAGGUGGCCAACCGGGGUUUUGCAGUAUCUGUAAUGUAAGGUGUUCCGGAGAGAUUGACAUGGCUGCUCACCUUAAUGGAGGGAAGCACUUGUCCCGGAUUCAAGAGAUGAUCAAUCCUCUGGUGGUGGCCAAUAAGGAUGGGAUUAAGGUGGUGGCUCAGUAG